CUAGAAUACUGUUUUCGACCUUUGGUCAUGUGACAUUUGAACGAGACUAACCUUGACCCAGUUUACAUGGAGAACACAUGGAAAUAAAUAAAACUCAAAGAAGUCUGUAGCGCGGACAUACAGAGAGAAAAAUGAGCAAAAAGACGUCAUUAUCACGAGGAAAUAAUGCUGUUCAGGGAACAAAUGACAGUAGCAUAGUCAGCAAGUGCUCCAUGGCAGGUAGAGGUUACUUCCAGGAUCCAUACCUGCAGCAUUUUGUGGCCAAAACCAGGAGGAGGGCACCUCUUAUAAACAGAGGAUACUAUGUAAGAGCAAAGGCAGUUGAUCACAUGCUGAGAUGUUUUAUCACUCAUACUGGGGCUAAUUCUCAGGUGAUCUCCUUGGGCGCUGGCUUUGAUUCUGCAUACUUCAGACUCAAGGCAGAGGGUUUACUACAGGAUACGCUGUGGUUUGAAGUGGAUUUUUUGGAAACCAUGAAGAGAAAAGCAGCUUUGAUCAACAAUAGUCAGGUUUUGCUUGAUGUGUUACAAUUAGGUCAAAGUCAGAUGGGUUCAGAAGGUCAGGGUCAUAAACAAACAGAAAAUAUGGAGGCUAAUAUAGUGCUGGACUGUUCAGAUUUCAAGAUGGUUGGGGUCGACCUGAGAGACACUGGUCAUCUGGAGAGGUGCCUGAAGAUGACUGGAGUGGACCUCACACUGCCCACAUUACUUCUCAGUGAAUGUGUUAUGACUUAUAUAGAACCCAAAAGUUCUUCUGCCAUCAUUCAGUGGGCUGCAAAUACAUUCACAAAUGCAGUUUUUGUUACUUAUGAACAGAUCCUGCCUAAUGAUCCAUUUGGAAUGGUCAUGCUGAAUCACUUCCAAACCAUUGGUUCUCCUCUCAGAGGCAUCCAUACUUACCCUGAUGCUGACUCACAGGAGAAGAGGUACAGAGAACUGGGAUGGUCAAGUGUCCACUCCAUGAAUAUGAACCAUUUUUACACCAAUAUUUUGGACUUAGAAGAGAGGCGGAGGGUAGACACUCUGGAACCAUUUGAUGAGUAUGAGGAGUGGCAUCUGAAGUGCUGCCAUUACCUUGUACUUUGUGCCUAUAGAGGGAGCUGUAGUGCACUGAGCCAAGACAUGAUGGGCAAGAAGGUAGUGGCUCAACCACACGCCAGCAGCGACAGCCUCCCAUUUGACACUUUUAGCCCAUCUUUCUCAGUGAAACGAUAUGGACAUGUGUCACUGACUUCUGCAAAGCAUUUGAUCAUGUUUGGUGGGUUUGGGGAAGAAGCUGGUCAGCACAGAAGGUUAGAUGGCAUAUAUCUCUUUGACUUGGAGCAACAGGGUGUGCCAAUCAGAAUAAACAUUUCUGGCAGUCACACAAUAGGAAAGCGAAUGUAUCAUACUGCCACUCUCCUUUCUGACCAAAGAAUAUUUGUAUAUGGAGGCAGAUCUUCCCCAGCGCAGCCCUGCCAAAGUGCAUUCAUAUUGAAAAUUCUCCAUUUUGUUAAUGGAGACAAAGUGCAGGACCCAUCCAAACAUCAACAUGGAAGUUUGUCUUCUGUAGUGAACAAGAUGGAAUCAGAGUCUCGGGGACAGGAAAUUAGAGUUGAAGGUGAAAGCAGUGCAAUAUGUUAUACAGAAAAUGGAUCUGACUCAUGCUCAGGGACAGAUUGUGGCAUUAUGACAGCGACAGAUAAUGAGUCAAAAGGUUAUCGAGGCAGGUCUGGCAAUCUACAAGAGUGCAAUGAUGGGAUAUGUUCAUUGACUGAACCGAACAUGUCUAAAAGCAAGGAAAGGUGCAAUCAGAGUAUCUGUGAUAAUGUUGACUCCUCAAUCAACACAUGUGAUGUGAUAGCGGAGAGCUCUGUGGAGGAAGUGCACUUCAAGGGGACCAUCAUGCCUUGUCCAAGAUGGCGGCACUCUGCAACUUUUGUUGUGAUAGGAGUAAAGGAUUAUAUUGCAGUAUUUGGGGGAAGAAGCAGCACAGAGCCAUUUGUGCUUGGGGAUUGUUUCUUGCUCAGCAUCUCAGCCAUGACGUGGACAAAGGUGGAAGCAAGUGGGCCAAGUCCCUCCCCUCGCCACUCUCACUCCAGUUCUGAGUGGAGUCAUCCCACAGGAACAGGAAGUCCUAAGCUGGUCCUGGCCUGUGGUCUGGGAGAGGACAUGACACCGUAUGGAGAUGUGCAUAUACUUGACCUAGAUAUGAUGGCGUGGGAGGAGCUUGAAACCCAAGGCACCCUUCAACCAAGAUAUUCUCACACAUCUCAUGUGUUGGACAACAGACUGGUACUGGUGGGUGGAGUAGGACUCCAGGAAAAUCCUGGAAUUACUGUGGUUAACUUAACCUCGGGGCUUGUCCAGGAAUUCACUAUCCCUGUGUGCAGUCCCCAGGGUUCCCCAGUCCUGCUGUACAACCACACCUCCCAUGUUCUACAGGACGGAAACAUGGUGGUCCUUGGUGGAGGAGGCAACUGUUUUUCCUUCGGAACACAUCUAAAUGAUGAACCAUUGGCCUUCACCUUACCCUAACCUUCACCUCGGAUGCUGCAAAUAAUUGUCUAAGUCGCAACAAUAAAAAAGAAAGAUUUUUCAUCAUAAGAGAAUUUGUACCUUCCACUGACUAUUUAUAUGACCCUGCCAGGCAUCUUGCUAUAUACCUCAUGCAAUGAGAGCCAUGUAGGAAAUUAAUCAAAAGCAGAUUAAAUUGGAUCUAUAGCCUGUAUAAGAGUUUCAGAAACGAGCUUACAUAACUACUGUACUCGGGGGAGCAGAGGUCUACAGGACAUACUUGUUCUAAGAUAUUCAUUGUAACAAGCUGGGGACAUAUGUACAUGUUAGACAGUGUCAUUUGUGAGCAAAUAGCUGCUAAACGUGAAGUUAUGAAUAAGACAUUAUAGUAUGUAGCAUAUCACUGGAAUUUGGUUCAUUCUGUCAUUAACACAUGUCGUUAUAAACAAUUCAACAGAGCUCGCUCACCUUAUCCUGCUUGCUCACUUGUCUCUCUCUCUCUCUCUCUCUCUCUCUCGUAGAUCAGAGAUCAGCAUUUAGUGAAACUAAGCCCAUUCGUCUUUUCAUUCCAUAUUGUCAUAUUGGGUUAUAGGAAUGUGUCGUCAAAUUUUGUGUACACACGCGUAGACUCUGUCCUAUUUAAUCUGCGUAUGAAGAGACUGAAUGUUUUGGUCUUAAUGCUAAGAUGACUACUUGACUUUAAGUGGAGGGGGCACCUUACCUUGGAAGUAUUUAGACGAAACUGCUGUAACCACGUUCAAAUGAUUAUACAAUGUAAACUUUAUGUAGAUUUGUAUGUAAACCCCUGCCCCGCAAUUCCACAGGUCGCGUAGUAAAUAAUAGACUCGUUUUUGAGGUACAAAUGUCAUUUUUUAAAAAAUAAUAUAAUAAUAAUAAUCUUUAUUGGAAAGUCGAAGC